ACUUAGAUACCAAGUAGCUACCCAUCAUCACACCUCACGUCCUCCAUCGCCACUCAACCACCACGCCGGCCCCAACAUGUCAAGGCUCGCCUCCCGCGUGCCGGGCGCGAGCAAACGUCUAGCCCCAGACGAGGACGAACUCUGCAAUGUAUGCAAAUCAUCGCGCUACCUCAACCCCGACAUGCGAUUUCUGGUCAAUCCCGAAUGCUACCACAAAAUGUGCGAGUCUUGCGUCGACCGCAUCUUCACACAUGGGCCUGCACCAUGCCCGCUGGCUGGAUGCAACAAGACAUUGCGAAAGGCGAGAUUUCGGACGCAGACAUUCGAGGAUCUCAAGGUGGAAAGGGAGGUGGAUAUCAGGCGCCGGAUAGCAAAAGCCAUGAACAAACAAGAAUCCGACUUUGAGCGCCUCAUCGACUACAACAACUACCUCGAAAUAGUAGAAGAAGUCACAUGGAACCUCAUCCUCAAUAUUGACGUGGAAGAGACGGAGCGCAAACUUCGCCUCUGGGAGGAAGCUCAGAAGGCUGAGCUCAACCCCAACGCCACUUUCCGUCGCGUUACCGACCAGCCCGAAGCUUCGCAGCUCUCUGAUAGCUCACACGUAGUGCUCAAGAAAGGCGGCACACAACGGAGAGCGUUGGCAACGUCCUCUGGCAACACAUCAACUCCGUCGGGCACCGAAGAGUCGGGUAAGAGGGACACUGGGUUUGUCUUUCAGGGGUUGAAGAAGAGAAAACUGCCUCCACCGGAGAAGGCUUUUGAUCCCUUCGACGGUUGGAGCAUUGAGCCGCAGUACUACGCAUUGCAGGAGAAUCACAACUAUCAGUGGCUCACCACCUACGAUAGCGACCCAGCUUACUUUGCUGGCGGGUGGCAGACACGGGAUUAUUACAGCCGCAUGAUGGAGGAGGCCUUUGGUGGGAUGUGCAUAUUUCUGGAAGACGAGAAAGUGGCGCCUCUGGGCUCAGGAGACGACGAUGUUGGCACGCAGAACGCGGCGAAUGCUGCUAUUGGCAUGAAGGAUGUCGUCAUGGAUGAUGUAUUUUAG